AUGGUCAAGACAGUCGUGAUCCUCGGUGCUGCCUACGGCGGCCUGGCAGUCGCUCACCGGUUGCUCAAGUACACACGCCAGCAUGAGCAGGACCUGAGAGUGAUUCUCGUUUCAAAGACAACCCAUUUUUACUGGAACAUGGCCUCAGUCCGCGCCAUCGUGCCGGGCGUGUUGAAAGACGAGACCGUUUUCCAGCCCAUUGAGCCCGGUUUCGCCCAGUACCCCAAGGAGAGUUUCGAGUUCGUCCUCGGCACCGCCACGGGCCUCGACAUCACCCGCAAGUCGGCCCUCGUCUCCACCUCCACCGGCCCGAGAUCCCUGCCCUACGACUACCUCGUCCUGGCCACCGGCGCCCGCUCCGCGAGCCCGGACAUGCCGUGGAAGAGCGCCGACACCCACGAGAAGACGCUCAGCCUGCUGCACCGCACCGCCGACAAGGUCAAGGCCGCCAAGCACGUCAUCGUCGCCGGCGCCGGCCCCACCGGCGUCGAGACCGCCGCCGAGAUCCGCUUCGAGUACAAGGACAAGGAGGUCCUCCUGCUCAGCGGCGACGACGAGAUCCUCGGCGCCGACACGGCUUGCAAGGGCAUCGAGAACGAGAUCGUCAGGCUCGGCGUCCAAAUCAAGCGCAACGCCCGCGUCGCCAACUCCCGGCCCCUCCCCGACGGACGCACCGAGGUGACGCUCAUGAACGGCGAGACGCUCAAGACGGACCUGUACCUCCCGACCAUGGGCCUCGUUCCCAACUCUGAGUUCCUCGACCCCAGCCUGCUCACCGACCGCAAAUACGUCAGCGUCGACGACUGCAUGCGCGUCAAGGGCACAGACAACAUCUGGGCCUGCGGCGACUUGGUUUCCAAGCCGCGCGCGGGCUUCAUGGUUACGGAUAAGCAGGCCCAGGGUGUCGUCAAGAACAUUGAGCUUGCGAUCAAGGGCAAGGACCAGCAGGCCGUCAAGGGCAUGCCGGUCGACAUCUUCGUGUGCUCCACGGGCCGUAGCCGCGGCGCCGGCCGCGUCGGCUGGGUCAAGGUGCCGUCCCUCUUCGUCUGGGCCGUCAAGGGCCGGACUCUCGGGACGGACUGGACGCCAAAGUACGUCAACGGCUCGCAGUGGUGA